CGCUUCUUGGCUCACUUUUUCUAUAUCCCAACAACGACAAUUCCAUCCAAAAAGGCGCUUACCAGCCCUGCAGCACGACUGACUCUUCCAAACAGCGAGCAAUAACAAAAUGUCACCACCGCACCGCAGAUCACGACGUGAUGACAACGGACGAGCACAGGGCUUCUCCAGCGCGAGUCCCUCCAUCUCUCCGCGAGAGCGACCUCUGGCACUCAUCGCGUCUGGUGAAAACUAUCAGUAUGGAGGUAGUCGUCCGUCAUCCGCUCUGCCGACGCAUCGGCCACGCAGCGCGCGUGAGCAGCCUCUCGCUACCCUCGUGCUCCCAUUGUACAAGCAGAAUCGGACGAGUAGUAGAGGUGGGACCACCUCGUCAGACAACAAUCGACCGAAUUCUGCUAGUGGAUUGGGGAGUCAUAGGACCAGACCAGGGAAUCAACAGACUGGAGGAGAAGCCUGGGCAGCUACAGGAAUAUCUCACGCUGCUCAUGCCUCUUCUUCACGAGGAGGGACAGCGGGAUUGCAGGGCCUUGCUGGAACAACUUCAAGGCCAUCAUCAGGAUCCACCGGUGGGCACGCGGCGCGCUCACGACCGCUGUACCAAGAGCAUAGGGACUUCGCAUUAGGUCAAACAUCGAAGAUCAACCUGAUGUACAAUCUUCGACAGGAAUACGACAAGUUGAGUAGAGGAGCUAGUGCUGCGACAUCUUCCUCUGCUAAGACUGGUGGUGCUAAUAAAGAGAAUAUGGUCGACGGAGUAGAUCGGAGCAGCGCUGGCGCGAACGGAAAGGCCGUAUCGAAUAAAGGUCGUGGAGCACGAAAUAGUUCAACACCUCCUGCGUCUAGCACCACAUCGCCAUCUUCACCAGCACGCCGAGGACCGAAUAUUACCGACGAUGAUCUUGGGAGUCCUGACAAAAUUUUGACGACCCGUGAGGACUUCAAACGGGAAGUCAAUCGCAUGCAGCACGUGAUCAUCGGCCUCAAAGAGCGGCUCGAAGUUGAGAAAUCGACAACACGCGAGCGUGGUCGUGAUCUCGCGACUGUGCGCGGGGAAGUGAAGGUCUUGCGACAAAACUUGUUGAUGCAAGCUCCGACUUUCGGAGAUCCGGACGACCGCCGGUCAUUGUCACCACCAGGACGAACCAGGACACGAUCACCGAUUUCGCCAGGUGCGAACUCGCUAGCUAUUCUCAAGAAGAAAGAAGAGAAAGUGAAUGCUCGGGGAUUGACUAAGGUUCAGGAAAUGCUGUACUCCUCGGAAGAACCUGGGGUUUUGCAGGCUGCGCUCAAAAAACGUGAUAAGGAGAUUGAACAUUUGAAGACAAGCGAAAUGGCGAAAAAAUGGGAAAUUGAGGUGCUGCGCGAGAGCUUGAUGAUAUGAAAUGGAAGUAGGAUGGACAUCAGGUGGAGUGAGUUGAUCAAUGUCAAUUGUUCUUGUACUUUUUCUUUUCGUUCCACCAUGAUUUCGAAUGAGUUUCGGAAUCAACAGAUAUUUCUGAUUCCUCGUGCUGAUCGUUUCUUCUUCUAAGUCUCUUCGCCGCCGAAGGCAUGUGCGUGAAUUGCCAGAAGUUCUUGAAGGCGAAACGGCAGGCUGAAGCAGAGUUACGCGAAGUUCGUCAGGAGUUGGCAGACGCAAAGGACAGGAUCAAAUCUCUGAAGAAAGAGCUCGCAACCUGGAAGAGAGAGUGCAAGAGGCUUGAAUUGGACGGCAAACGGUGGAAACUAGCUGCCGAGACGAUGACACAAGCGUGUUCCACAGCAGGCGCCAGAGAGGUCGAUGAUGCAGGAGGUGGCGGUGGUGGAGACGAUGGUCGGCCAGGGCAUAAGCUGGAUGAUUUUAAAUCUCCACUUGGACGAGGAGGAGGAGGAGAUAAAGCCGCGAAGACAACCAGUGCCUCAGGAGGAUCCCCCAGUGGAGGGGCUAAAAAAUCCGGACGUUCAUCUUCGAAGGGUGGGAAGUCUCCUCCACCAGGAGAGACAACACGAGGCGAAUUGCAUCACGACGACGAAAUCGAGUUUGUCAUAGGUCUAGACACGCCUCGCGAGGAAAGGAAAGCAGUGAUCAUGGAGAAGAAGGUGAAGGCAGAGCUGACGAAAUACCAACAGGCCGAAGAGGAGCGUCAAAGAGAAUUCGAGAGGCAGCAAGAGACUGGCACAGCGCCGAUCCGACGCGCACGCAAAAGUAAGGGAAAACAAGGGCCAGCAGGAGGUCAACAAGGAGGCGGGGCUCCUGCGACGGGUGGAGCCAAAGGAAAAACUAGUGGUGGAAGCGGUGACGACAAAAAGACUUAUGGUGGAAGUGGCGAUGAUAAGAAAAAGCAAGCAAGUCCUAGUCCAUCUCCUGUAAAACAAGAGAAAAAAGGAACAAGUGGGAGUGAGCAGGACCGGUCUGGAACGUCUUCUGUAGGAGGUGCGAGGAAAAAACCAAAUGCUGCGCCAUCUUCUCCAAAGAACCAGCAUGCGAAGGAGGGAAAACAUAGAACGGAGAGGAGAUCAUCUUCUGGUGUCGGCUUUGAUUUCUCAAGGUCCUCUUCUGAUAAUUUCACUCCUGUUGGUGCGUCCUCAUCUACUAGUAAUAGCUCUGGUUCUUCUAGUAGUGUUACAUCUAGUUCGACAGGCGGUCACGACAGGAAAAAAUCAAACCACGGAACAAGACGAAAUACGAAAGCCAGAGCUGCAAAAGCACGAGAAAAAAUCGCUCGACUUGACGUCAGUUGGUCCUCAGAUAUAGACUCGUCUUCAAUUGUGCAGCAGGACGAUACCAUCGAUAUUAGAAGCUACCCCGACAGCAGAGAGCGGUCGUGGAGUUUGCACGAAUUUAGUACACCUCCACAGGACUCAGAUGUGAGAGGUGGGCCCCCCCGAUGCGGAACAAAUGGUCCACCUGGUGCGGAAGAAGACCCUUCUAAUAUGGAGUGCUCAGCAGUCCUCGAUGAGAUUGAUUGGUCCUGGCUGUUUGCUGGAGGAGGCGCUAAUGGUGGGAGUCUUAGCUCUAGAUGCAGCAAUGUCGAUUACUGCGGAGUAGAUCACAAUGUCGAUUACAGCGUCAAGAAUGACCCAGAAGAUGAACAAGACGAACAGCAACAGGAUGAUCCACCUGGGCCAACAAAUGCUAGCUGCCCAUCCGCUACCGGAGCAAGGCCAAUGCUCAAUAGACUGUUCCUUGAGGGCAUACAUCGUGCGGCUGAGGAAGGGAGCGGGGAGGGAACGCCUGCUAGUGAUAAAAGCUCAGGAUCGUCACAGAACUCCGGCGAAAAGGAUGAAGAAGAAGAAGGCGAGAAAAAAGGAGGAGACGUGGAGAUGGCAAAAAAUGGCGGUGGGGAGGGUGAUGGUCGGCAGCAAGGCGACGGAGAGUCGCCUGGCGGUGCAGCAGGAGAAGAACACCAGCUGCAAGACAAAGAGAAGGACCACGAUAAUGAAGCCGGCGGAGCGGAAGGUGGUGAUGGUGGAGAUUCAAGCGUCCUGGUUUUGCAAAAAGAGCAUCGAAUAGCUGUCCGCAGACAUCACAACGGCAUGAAAAAGUUGAUCAGCAUGUGCUUCGAGCACAGCGCUUUCCUGUUCUGGCGCAUCGUCUCCAGAAAAAACGCGCUGAUUGCUGCAUUUGCGAACUCACAUCGCAAACUUUUUGAUGAGUUUUUAGAUGUGCGGGAACAAUACGAGCUAGUAUUGGAGCAUUGCGAUGAGCUGGAAACGUUGAAUUUGGGUCUCAACAGCGACCUCCUGCCAGAACUCUACGCUCAAAUCGAGGACCUGACUGCAGAUCGGGCGUUCUUGCUGGAUUCGAUCAAACAGUAUUUCUUAUGGCUGGUGGUCGUGAUGAUGAAGAUGAACAACUACUACUACAGCUACAUGCCGCUCCUCGACGUAUAAUUGCUACUAGUACUAGUACAGCUACCUCUGCUCCUCGUAUUAUAUAUAAUUGCUACAAGAACAAGAUGUUGAUCUUAUGACAGUUCUUUUCGUUUCUUCUCUUCCACGUCCUCGUGACGACCUUCUAUCUCUAAUCUGAAACGGCAAGAUGCUCGAGGGAAUCGACAUCUACCACGAAAUGGAGCGGGCGAAACGCAAGGAGGACGCCAAAAACAACCUGGCAAAGGGUGGCAAAAUCAAGCCCACUGCAGUCCGUGUCGACGAAAACGGCGACGUUGUGGCGGAUGACGGCUUAACAGAGUUCGAGCGUCUCGAAUUGCAGGCAGCGGACGAGAAGAACCGACUGGAGAGACAAGUUAGAACGUUGAAGGGAGCUCUGUGGCGAUUUGGACCAUUUAUGGACUUUGAUACGCAGAAAUCCUGUGCGUUGCGGAUUGACGAAGAAAGGAAGAAGAAACGCGGAUUAUUCUUAGGAGGAAAGGCAACGAGCGUAAGGGAGUUCAUGGAGAUGCAAUUGAAUAGAACAAGAGGAGGAGAUGGAGGAAGUUCUACACAAACUCCACAAGAACCUACACGACAACUAGUGCAAGGCGGCGAAGCAGCAGAUUAUCAAGACGACUUGCUCAAGCUCUUACAGGAACAGGAUGACGACGAGAAGAAUCAAAUGCUGAUCGAAAUGAUGACGAGCAUGACAACUGAAAUGCAUCAAAGGAACAGCCAAGACGUUCCAGCACGAUACCCAGGAACCAAUUACAACGCAUUCUCCGCCACUGCUGGCGGCUACUGCAACCCCAAAGCACGUGACGCCAGUGUCCAGACUGACCAUCGCGUUCUUUCCACGGCGAAUCUCGAAUCUGUGGUGAUUCAGAAGAUGUCGGACAACUUCGAAGCACGAAUCCGAGAGGCGAAGAGGAUAUCAGAUAGGCAGAUUUCGAGACUCAUUAAUGAAAACGAGGCGGCGAAAAACCGGUUUGAACUCCUAUAUGCGCAGAUGAUGCAGAGGAUCGUGAACCAAUCUGAACUCGGCGACCGCUUUCAAGACCCAAAAGAAUGGAUCCAGAAGGUGAUCAACCAUUUGCUCAAGUGUCAGGCGCUUCAGCAGGAGGUGAUCACGAUGGGGAACGCAUAGUCCUCGAACCGUUUUUUCUGCUUGCUAAGUAUGUACUUCAAGGUAAGGAGCCACAACCUAACAUCAAUCCAAGGUAAGGAGCCACAACCUGACAUCAAACAAUCUGGUGUUAUUCUCGUCGAUUCCUAAUAUACCUGAGCUAUUAUCAUGUUCAACAUCGAAAAAUCUAAUCCGUCUACUCCUUCCUCAGGCUUAUUAUUAAGCGCCGUUUUUAUCCGAUUUUUUUACCAGAACGUGCAAAGGAAGAAUGCAUAGAUAGGACCAUUACAUCAUUUUGCUCUCAUUGUGUCAUAAGAAUGAAUACACCAAGACCAUUUUUAAUAAACCUCUCUGGCUCUCAAAGUACAGAAAUGCAACCGGCUCUAUAAGUGACUUUGAUGCAAGUACGUGAAGGAUCAGAAGUAUCUGAUUUUUGGGUAAAGUAAAGUGACCUACUCAAAUUUCCUACAACCCAAAGCAUUGUCUACCCAAAGCAUUGUGCACGACCAACUUUCCUGAUGAAGCUUGGAUGGCAGCUUGAUGGAUCAGGCGAACGCGAAAU